AUUCGAAAUCCGACUCAAUUUGCAGAUGAAGAAGCAUCGCCGAUCACUUCGGAGGAAGAGGAAUUAAAGCACCGCGAAUUGAUUGCUCACUCUCUCGCUCGCUCGCAUACCCAAUUGCCCAAUGCUGAGUACUCGCGGACGCGCGUGGUCGCAGCUGCUGCGGGUGGCGGCAUCGUGCUCCAACGCUUCCUCACCUUUCGCCAAUCGAGAUCGCGUUCCAUGGUUGCAACAGCGAGCUGGUAUUAGUAUUACUGGAGAUGGAGCAGAUUCCCAUGAUGAUUUUAAGCCCGUGCAUAAAGGAGAUGCUGGAGUCUCCGUCCAGGAACACAUCGAGAGGGACGUCAAGGAAAAUCCAGUAUUGAUUUACAUGAAAGGAGUUCCUGAUGCACCUCAGUGCGGAUUCAGUGCCAUGGUUGUUCACAUAUUGGAUGAAUAUGGAGUACGGUAUAAGACGAGGAAUGUUCUGUCCGACCCGGAGCUUAGAAAUGCCAUCAAAGAGUACAGUAAUUGGCCAACAAUUCCACAAGUUUACGUGAACGGCGAGUUUGUUGGAGGAUCCGACAUUCUCAUCUCCAUGCACCGGUCAGGGGAGCUGAAAACAUUGCUGAAAGACGUGAAGAACAUCAGGUAACUGCACUUGCGAUGAUGUCUGAGAUCAACGAUACUUUUACCGUUUAAUCGUCAAAGCCAAGAUGAUGGUUAUAUGCCGCAAAGUCACAAGGGGUGUGGAAAGAUAACGGUGUGCACUUGCGGGAACAUAUUUCCGCGGUGAAAAUCUGUUCGAUUCUGAUACCGAUGAUUCGUAAAUCAUUUUGAAUCCGACCUGUGGGACGAGGUGUCACGAUGUGGGCUUUUACUAGAUUUAGGACUUCAAUGUAUAUAGGGACGGGGUUUUCAGCUACGUCUAAGGAGUUUCAAUGAUGUGCAUCAAGUUGUGUUGUCUUUCUUUGUUACUUCUUGUCAGUACUUGAACGGAGGAGACACAUACAAUGUAGGCAAACUAGCACUCAUCGAUUAUUUCUGGCGCUUUCUUUUCAGCUAGAUGCAACAAGACGAUAUUCUUUUAUGUACUCAAAGCUUCUUUCAACUUGACAAUAUUUGGAAAA